AUCCUAACCAUCUAGACUACAACGGAUUUAUUGUCUGAGGUUUAGUCGACACUAUUUUUCUCCCAAAAUCCGGAGUUUCCGAGAUUGAAACAAAAACCCUCUGGUUGCGAUACGCGCUGAUUUUGCUGCUGAGCUUUUGUUUUCUGUAAUCUCUCAACUCUCCGAUGAUAUAGUUUGAAGAUUCUUAUUCUUAUCUUACCGUCCAGGAACGUAGCCGCAGACCCUCCAAGUUUAAUCGCCAGUGUAGCUGUUUGAUUCAGAGGUGUCGGGCAUAUCUAAAUGACAACAGUAUCUGGAUUAACUGGUGGCUCCGUUAGAUAUAAACUUAAACUCCCUGCACAAUUCCCCUCUCAUAGCGCCCGAGUUUCAGUUUCUGUUCGCUUUUGUGGAACGCUGGAGUUGCCUCACCAGUUAAGAACUGGAAUUAAAUGGGUUGCUUCCACACGGAGUUGUGCUCUACAACGGACUCCUAUGGUGAAGUGUGCAAUGGAUGCUUCCUAUGGUGAUUCUGGAAAUGAUCCCAGUGCUAUCUUUCCCAGAAUCAAUGUCAAGGAUCCGUACAAAAGACUUGGAAUCAGUAGGGAAGCUAAUGAAGAUGAAAUUCAAGAUGCCAGGAACUUCCUAAUACAGAGAUAUGCAGGACAUAAGCCAAGUGUUGAUGCUAUUGAAUCAGCCCAUGAUAAAAUAAUAAUGCAAAAGUUCUAUGAAAGGAAGAACCCAAAGAUUAACAUUAAGAAAAAGGUCAGGGAGGUAACUCAGCAUAAGUAUGUGCAGGCUGUCACUAGCAGGUUCCGUACUCCUCAGACGAAUGUCAUCAUCAAAACUUCCAUUGCUUUUGUAAUUCUCGGAGCACUUACACUGCUCUUUCCUACUGAAGAAGGUCCAACCCUUCAGGUUGCUAUUUCUCUGAUCAUGACUAUGUACUUCAUCAAUGACCGGCUAAAGGACAAACUACGAGCAUUCCUCUACGGGGCUGGAACUUUCAUUCUGUCCUGGCUUGUUGGCACAUUCCUCAUGGUGUCUGUGAUCCCACCUCUAAUCAAAGGACUUAGGAGUUUGGAAGUGUCGACUUCAUUGAUUACCUAUGUGUUCCUGUGGAUUUCUUCUACUUACCUUAGGUAGUACCAAUCUGUACAUUUGGUACCAAAUUUUGUCCAUGGAAAGCAUCUGAGUUUUUCUUCGAUGUGGUUCUUAGUCAUUAUUUUGAUGCUUUCACAACACAGUUUUACAUAUAUACAAAUGAUAUUUACUGAAUUUGUUGUUCCUAAGGUUUAAGAACUCAUUCCUCUUUGUCUGACAGAGUCGUUACAUUUCUAAUUUACUUAACUGGUAUCAUAUCGAAUGAGUUAGCACAGUGAUUUCUGGGCAUCAUGAAUGUUGUUGGUUAUAAUCAUAUACCUCUGUCUAUGUUCAUUAAUCAGCUGGAGUACAUAAACAUACAGAAACACAUAAUGUGUCACUCAGUUACUCUACCAUGAGAGGAACAUCAUGGAAAUGGAGAAUCUUUUCGAUCUUGGUGGACCGUGAACAAUGUUCUGGUUGCAAUUGUAGGGAUGUCACCUUCAUUGCCAUUCUUCAAAUGACAAACGAUGCGAAAGGCAUAAAAAUGACUACAAACUUUGCCAUUUCGCUGAGAUUUUUAUGAGGGUCCUGCCAGAUGUUACAGUCUUGGCCGCUUAGCCAACUCCUCACUGUUACUAGAAUCAAAGUUCAGUUUAUUGAUAGAACCCUUUUUCCCUUAGAAAAGAUUUUUAUUUAUUUAAAAAAAAAAAAAAAACCAUUUCGUUUGUUUAGAAAUAGUGCUGCAGUUUUGAAGAAUUUAUUUUUUCCCCAAUCUCUGUUACUCUUUUUCUUUCGGGGCUUACUGUAGAAAAUUAACAAAAUGAGCGAGCUAGUUUAGCAGCCUUGCAGCUUUCAGAGUCUGAGAAUGAGAGUCAAUUUUGAGUCAAGCAGAUGGGACCCUGAUUUUAAAGGCUUAAAAUCAAGCUUUUCAAAGCCAUGCUUUCUUGUCAUGUAUCAUUGCACAAUUAUUUCUGGUCUUGCUAUUUCUAAUUUGGUGCUCUAAAAAAAACCAAGGCAGGAAAUAAAAAGAAGAAAAAUAUAGAAAAAACCAAACCAUCAAUUUAGCAAGAUCUUAUCCCACCUGGCACUAGAUGAUUGGUG